UCAUACCAGUCGUCGGACGACUUCUUCACUUAAGACAAAAGGCGCGAGGGCAAAUAAGGUUAGCGACAAAAAUGGCCGUUAUCGUCGGCUGGAUAACUGAGUCCGUCCGGGAGAUUUUGCAGAUCUCUGGGCUGACUCUGCAGUCUUUUCUCGUUUUCUCCACGGCUCUUUUCUUGGCAUGUUUCCUCUUGAAGCGCCGGAGAAACCUGCCUCCCUACCCGGCAGGACGCGUGCCUGUUCUCGGGCACCUCCUCGCCUUGGGCCGAGCGCCUCACCUCAAGCUCACGGCGUGGAGGCGGCAGUACGGGGACGUCUUCACCGUCAGGAUGGGGAUGGAAGAUGUGGUGGUUCUGAACGGCUACACUGCCGUCAAGGACGCGCUCGUGGACAGGUCCGAGCUUUUCGCCUCCAGGCCGCCAAUUUACCUAGCUGAUAUGAUUCUUGGUUUUGGAAAAGGCAUAGUUGGCGCACGCUGGGGACCCGAGUUCAGACAGAGAAAGAGGUUCGCCACCGCCGUCCUGAAGAACCUGGGCAUGAGGGUCGGAACUGGCAGCAUUGAGGAGAAAAUCCGAGAGGAGGCGAGCUGUCUCUGCAACAGGAUUGCAGAAUACAAUGGAAAGCCUUUUGACAUCGCUCAUGACGUCACAGUGACAGUUGCAAACGUCAUCUGUUCCAUGGUGAUGGGGAAGCGGUACGACUAUAAGGACGAGACGUUCCGGGAACUUUCAGAGGCGGUUGCCGCGAUCAUGGCAGAACUUGCAGCUGGAAGCAUCAUCAGCGUCUUCCCUUUUCUACAGUUUAUUCCCGUCGUGAAUAGAGCCGGCAUCAAUGCGUCAAAAGAAAACUUCAAGAUCCAAAAUGUGCUGAGACAGGAGAUAUCUCGCCAUCGCGAGAACCUGGAUCGCGAGAACCCGCGAGACUUCCUGGACUUCUGCCUGCUGGAGGUUGAGAAGCAGGAGAAGGUGGAGGGUCUGACGGAGGAGAACGUCAUGUACAUGGCCCAGGACCUCUUCUUUGCGGGAAUAGAAACAACCACCAACACACUGCUGUGGGGUCUGCUCUAUAUGAUUUUGAACCCGGACAUCCAAAAUAAAGUGCAGCAGGAGCUUGAUGCCGUUGUUGGUGAGGGUCUACCCACCCUGUCCCACCGUUCCCAGCUGCCCUACGUGAACGCCUGUCUGCUGGAGGUCAUAAGGAUCCGGUCCCUCGCACCUGUUGUUCACCACGCCACCACGGAGUCGGUCAAAGUGCUGGAAUAUGUCAUCCCUAAGGGAACCCAGGUUCUACUGAACCUGUACUCCCUCCACAUGGACCCCGCCUACUGGCCUGAUCCGGACCGGUUUGACCCCGGAAGGUUUCUGGACGCGGAAGGGAACGUCAUCAACAAGCCUGACUCCUUCAUGCCUUUUGGGGGAGGCCGACGUGCCUGUCUUGGUGAGCAGCUGGCCAGGAUGGAGCUGUUCCUGUUCUUCUCGACCCUGCUGCAGUCCUUCACCUUCAUGUCGCCAGAGGGCGCUCCUACUCCAACCACUGACGGCCUCUUUCGUCUGUCGUUGACCCCGCAUCCUUUUAAGCUCUGUGCGAUUCCGCGUUAGUUUAUAUAUUCCCAUCCCUAGGAUGCAUUGCGAAAACAGGGGUCUAAUCUUCAUUUGCA